AUGCCCCUUCUGGAGAAGGCCUUCGAGAUGCUGUCCGGUGACGUUGUGGACAUCUACCAGCGGGAGUUUCUUGCCCUCCGGGACCGACUGCACGCAGCCGAGCAGGAGAGCCUGAAGCGCUCGAAGGAGCUCAACCUGGUCCUGGAGGAGAUCAAAAGAGCGAUCUCGGAGAAGCAGGCCCUGCGGGAUAUAAACCGGACCUGGAGCAGCUUAUCUGACGAAACCAAGUUAAAACUGUGGAAUAUCACCAACAAGAAUGUGCUGCACCUUCCCACCAUCUUCCAUCAUUUGCCACAUUUGCUGUCAAAGGAGAACAGUCUGCAGCCAGCCGUGCAUGUGGGACAGGGGCGCACUGGAGUGUCCGUUGUGAUGGGAAUCCCCAGUGUGAAGCGGGAGGUGCAUUCCUACCUCACCGACACUCUCAACUCCCUCAUCUCAGAGCUCACUCAGCAGGAGAAGGAAGACUCCGUCAUUGUCGUCCUCAUUGCUGAGACGGAUCCGCAGUACACAGCCGGAGUGGCAGAAAAUAUCAAAAACUUAUUCCCAAAGGAAAUACACUCAGGUCUCCUGGAGGUAAUUUCCCCGUCUCCACAUUUCUAUCCUGAUUUCUCCCACCUGCGGGAAUCCUUUGGGGACCCCAAGGAAAGAGUCAGGUGGAGGACAAAGCAGAACCUCGACUACUGCUUUUUAAUGAUGUACGCCCAGUCCAAAGGCAUAUAUUACGUGCAGCUGGAGGAUGAUAUUGUGGCCAAACCAAACUAUCUCAGCACGAUGAAGAACUUUGCCUUGCAGCAGCCCUCCGAGGACUGGAUGAUCCUGGAGUUUUCUCAGCUGGGCUUCAUUGGGAUCAAGUCUCUGGAUCUGAGCUUGAUCGUGGAGUUCAUCCUGAUGUUCUAUAAGGACAAACCCAUUGACUGGCUGCUGGAUCACAUCCUUUGGGUGAAAGUCUGCAACCCUGAGAAGGACGCA